AGGAAGGGAGAAAUCACAGUAAAUCCUCAAAAUGGAUUCUGGGCUGUGGGUCUGAGGAAUGAGAGUGAAUAUAAAGCCUGUACUGGUCCAGCUGUCUCCCUCUCUCUGAGAGUGAAACCGCAGAAGCUAUGUCAUCCUCCAGUAGUGUUCUGUUUGAGGAGCUUCACUGUUCAGUGUGUCGGAAUGUGUUCACUGAUCCCGUCAGCACUCCAUGUGGACACAACUUCUGUAAGAGCUGCCUGAACACGAGCUGGGAGAACAGUCAGAACUGCAUCUGUCCAUUGUGUACUGAAACAUUCAGUAAAAGACACAAGCUCAAAACCAACACGACACUUAGAGACAUCGUGAAGCUUUUUGAUGAAAGGUAUAGCCUCAGAAUAUCUGGGGUUCUCUGUGACAUCUGUGAUGGGAGAAAGAUGAAAGCCAUGAAGUCCUGUCUGACAUGUCAGACCUCUUUCUGUGAAACUCACCUGGAGCCUCAUAGGAGAGUCCCGAACUUCAAGAAACACAAACUAAUGGAGCCUGUGAAGAAUAUGAAAGAAUAUAUUUGUCAGAAACAUGACACACCUCUGGAGCUGUUCUGUAGAGAUGAUCAGAUGUGUGUUUGUGUGUUUUGCACUGACGGAGACCACAAGACUCACCACACUGUUCCUCUAGAGGAGGAGAGUAAAGAGAAGAAGAUUCAGAUGAUAAAGACUCAAAAAGAUCUACAGAGUAUGAUCGAGGACAGAAUUGGGAAGAUUCAAGACAUCAAACACUCAGCAGAACACAGGAAGAAAAACACAGCACGGGAGAAAGUGUCAUGUGUUGAGCUUUUUAGUGAUCUGCUGCGCUCCCUUGAGAGAUGUCAGGCCGAGCUGCUGAAGAUCAUAGAGGAGAAGCAGAAAGCAGCAGAGAAACAGGAGGAAGAGCUGAUUCAAGAGCUGCAGCAGGAAAUCACUGAGCUCAAGAUGAGAAACACUGAGCUGGAUCAUCUCUCAAGCACUGAGGAUCAUCUUCAGCUCCUACAGAUUUACCCAUCCAUAUGCAGCCCACCAAACAGCAGGAACUGGUCUGAGAUCAGUAUAAACACUGAUGUGAGUGUGGAGAUGCUGAGGACGGCUCUGACUCAACUGCAGGAAACUCUAGACAAGAAACUAAGUGAAGCUGUGUUGAGGAGGAUGCAGCAGUAUGCAGUGGAUGUAACUCUGGAUCCUGAUACAGCUCAUCCAUGUCUCAUCCUUUCUAAUGAUGGGAAACAAGUGAAAGAUGGAGAGAUUAAUCCAAAUAUCCCAAACAACGCAGAGAGGUUUGAUGAAUUUGUCUGUGUUCUGGGGAAAGAGGGAUUUUCUUCAGGGAAAUUUUAUUUUGAGGUGGAGGUAAAAGGAAAGACUGAGUGGGAUUUAGGAGUGGCCAAAGGAUCAGUUAACAGAAAGGGAAGAAUCAUAAUGAGUCCUCAGGAUGGAUUUUGGACAGUGGCUCUGAGAAAAAAGAAUAAAUAUUGGGCUUGCCCUUGUGUCCCGCUGUCUCUGAGACUGAAGCCACAGACAGUGGGGGUGUUUGUGGAUUAUGAGGAGGGUCUGGUCUCUUUCUAUGAUGUGGAGUCCAGAUCUCAUAUGUACUCUUUCACUGGUCAGUCUUUGUUUUUUCAGUCUGAGCAACUCCAUCCUUUCUUCAGCCCAUGUCUCUAUGAAGAAGGUAAAUAUUCAGCUCCGCUGAUCAUUUCACCUGUUAAUUUCAGUUAAUGAACACACAGCUCGGGUAAAAGAUUAUUUUGUACUAUGAAUCUAAAUAUGCAUGUUUGCUUUUUUUACAUUAUUAUUUUGUUCUUUGACAUUGGUAGAUCCUGUAACUACAUUAUUUGGCUGCAAAAUCAACAAAAAAAAAUCUAUUUAUUGUCCUGAAAGUUAUUUAUAUUUCAUACAAAAUACAAAGAAAUCUAAAAUUCACAUUCGUUUGAUUGUAAUUUCAUAGAUAAUAUGUGUUGACUAUUUCAGUUUUUUUGUCUUUUAAGAACAUUAACAGACUCUCCAGAUCAUUUUAUAACCAUUUUAUUGUUUAGUUUCUAAUUAUGACUAUUAUCUUUUCAUUUGUUUUGUAAAUCAGACAUUUACGCAUUCAAAUGCAACAACUUUCAAAUUAUUCAACAUAUUAAAGAUUUUAGACUGGUUAAGUUUUGACUCUUUAAAAAUCUGUCAUACAGAAUAGAUAUGAAAUGGGAAUAAAAGAGUUAAUCUGAGUUUGGUUUAUGAAUAAAUUAAUCAUAAAAUGUAAACAUGAGUUCAGCUUUAGGACUGAUGUAUGUGUGUGUAACAGCAGUGUUGAUGGCUAUUAUUAAACAGUACCCUGUAUACACACAUAUGCCACAAAGUAAAAUACAUCCUCACAGGUAAGAAAGGCUUUGAUAAGUAAACAGAAAUAUUGACAAUAAGAGAACAAAAACAGAAGCUCCACCGUACCUGCUUGAUGCUCAAGAACAAACAUUGUUGGUUCUGGUACAAAAGAUUUGUUUUGGGUGAAGUAGAUGCCCUUCACUAAUCAUUUGGGCCUUUUACAACCAAAAGAAAUACACACAUGUAUACACUCACAUGUAUACACUCAUUCAUUUAUGCAGAGAUCCAAUAGAUAUAUAACAUUCACAUAAAGAUGGUUGUGUUUCAUCUUCAGGGGCAUGAAGCACUAUAGUUAUUGUAAGUAGUUUUAUUUUGCAUAUGCUUAAGUUGUUUGUUUGUUGUGAAUUGUAACGUAUACAAAAGAUAGUGAUGUGCGGAUCGAUACUAAAAUAUUGAAAUUUCCGAGACCAGCUUAGUAUGUUUUAGAAUCGAUUAUCUUAUCAAAAUAUCGAUUUUUUUAUUCAUUCAGAUCAAAUGUGUAGUUUAUUGGAAAUAUAAAUGCAGCGGAAAGUAACCACAAUUACCCUAGUUUAUCUGAAUAAUGGCAACUUAGUUGGAACUACUUGUUCUUCCGCCUGCCAAGUCAUGUGCGUAAUAUGGCACUGUACAACUGCAGAGCACGCUAGCUAGCCACUCAGUCCACUCCACUGGCAUAUGUUCAGUCACACUAUCAUUAGAUGUGGGUGACCGCAAGUGAAGUAUGUGUGGAGCUACUUCACUUCCAUAAACUCAAACGAUGCAGUUUGUGACACGUGUAACAAAACAGCGAGGUACCUUUGUAAUAACACAAACCUAAUCAAACUCUAAAUAUAAAUCACAAGACAGAAUAUGACUCUGUCAUGACUAGGUGGUCAGAACAGGAGGAAAGGAGAGGCACAGGUGCUGCUAGGGCGAGACACUUUCACAGUCCUUAGGCUGUAUUUUUGGGGCUUGGGUUUUUGUAACAAUGAUAAAGAAACGGAAAAAGGUUCAAAAUCUUCAAGGGGACCGGAUUAACAAGUCACUAAAUUAAAAGGUGUAAAUGUUUAUUGUUUUAAUGUUGAAUGUUCAGGUAGGCGUUUUAAGAUAUACAUGCUCAGAUGCUGUCAAUAAAUAUGUAAAUUGGCUCUUUUGUUGUAUGUUAACUCUUCAUCAACAAACAAUAUACAAGAAUAACCCAUAAUAUGUCUCAUAAUCAGUAUGAAGUGACACUUUUAAGUACACUACUUGUCACUUUAAUUUACCGGAUUAAUUUUUAAUUUUUUUAAUUUUCGGAUCGGUAUCGCCAAUACUCGCCUCCAUUUUACUUGGUAUCGGAUCGGAUAGGAAACCAGUGGUAUCGCACAUCACUAACAAAAGACUGUGGGUAACUGGAAAAAGGAUACAACUGAUGGAUUAUUCAAAACUUGAGAAUUGAAUUGCGAUGUCCUUGAUGACUUAUCAUUUUAAAUACGUCUUACUUGGAUACAUGGAUUUAAUUAAGAAACACUGAAAUUGAACCCAGAACCAGAAAUGAAAUAAUCCUUUGCUUUAGCGUGUAAUAGACUACCAGUGCAGGUUACUAAUGCUGAAUUAUAUAAACUUUUAUUGAAAU